AUGAGCUGCAGCAUCAAGAGAACAUCUAGUACCUCUUACAGGAGCGGGGGAGGUGGAGGCGCCUGUGGUGGCGGCAGUGGCAGGAGCUCCUCCGUCUCCUGCAGGAGAUAUGCCUCCUCGGUGAUAGGUGGUGGAAGCUAUGGUGGGGGAGCAUGCGGCACUGGCUACGGAGGGGGCAUGAGCGCUGGCAGCCUUGCUGGUGGCUUUGGUGGAGGCCUGGGAGGAGGCUUUGGUGGUGGCCUGGGAGGAGGCUUUGGUGGUGGCUUUGCAGGAGGCUUUGGUGCUGGGGGGGACAUGCUUCUGGGCGGCAAUGAGAAGGUCACCAUGCAGAACCUCAACGACCGCCUGGCUGCUUACCUGGAUAAAGUGCGAAGGCUGGAGGAAGAAAAUGCUCAGCUCGAGCACCACAUCCGCGAGUGGUACAGGAAACAAGCUCCCAGUGCCUCAAAGGACUACAGCUCCUACUACCAGACCAUCGAACAACUCCAGAACCAGAUCAUUUCUGCCACUGUGGACAAUAACAAACUGCUUCUGGACAUUGAUAACAGCAAGAUGACUGCCGAUGACUUCCGAAUGAAGUAUGAGAAUGAGCUGGUCAUCUGUCAGACUGUGGAGGCUGACAUUAAUGGCUUGAGAAAUGUCCUGGAUGAUCUCACUCGCACACGAUCUUCACUCGAAUCUGAGCUGGAGUCCUUGAAGGAUGAACUGCUUUCUCUUAAGAGAAACCAUGAGGAGGAAAUGAGACAGCUGCAGUCUCAGACUGGUGGCGACGUGAGCGUGGAAGUCAAUGCUGCCCCUGGAGAAGACUUGACAAAGAUACUGAACGAUAUGAGGAACGAAUACGAGCAGCUCAUCGAGAAGAACCGCAGAGAGGUUGAGCAGUGGUAUGAAGUCAAGAUCGAAGAAGUCAACCGGCAGGUCGCUUCUAGCAGCCAGGACAUCCAGACAAGCAGCCACCAGCUCACUGAGCUGAGACGUGAAAUGCAGAACCUGGAGAUCGAACUGCAGGCGCAGCUCAGCACGAAAAGCUCUCUGGAAAACUCCUUGGCAGAAACCGAAGCUCGCUAUGGCUGCCUGCUGCAACAGAUCCAAGCGCAGAUUAACUCUGUAGAGGAGGAGCUGGCCAGCAUCCGCUGCGAGAUGGAGAGUCAGAACCAGGAGUACAAGAUGCUCCUGGGCAUCAAGACCCGCCUGGAACAGGAGAUUGCUCAGUACCGGGCACUGCUGCAGGAGGGACAGCAAGACCUUGUAACAUCUCAAGGAGCUCUCCAGGGAGGAGGAAUAUCCUCCCACUCUCAUUCUUCUACUUCCUACUCUCACGGUCAAUCUUGUGACAAGACAGGGCAGUCAAGAGUGUGCUAAGAUACCACCAGUGCGUUGGUCUCCCUGAUCUCCCUGCUGCCUUGUGAGCAGCCUAGCCUACAACACGAGAAUACACACAGCACACGCACUGUGUGCCUACCCAAUGCACAGAUGGCUCUACAAAUGUUACUGAUGAAGUCAAGAUGAACAAUUUCUAGGACUCUCCUAAAAUGAUCUACUUUUUCCUUUUCAUACUGUUCUUCCUAUCGAAUCACUGUACCUACAUACUCUUCCCUGCAGUGCAAUUGGUGAUCUACUUUCUGCUGAUAACAGUUCCUCUAAUAAAACUUUAGUUUUC